CAAUCAAAGUUUCUGAACUGGCUGUUCGUUUGCAGACCACAGCUUCGCUCCAGCCUGAAAGCCAUCCUGACCUUAACUACUACAUAUCGCGUUUUGCUUUCUGUGCCUACAGAAAUAUAUCGUGCGCCCAUAGUGGUGCCUUUACGGUACUCCGCUCCAUCCCUCUGCGCACCGUGCCUGGCAUGAGCCCACAGCUUCAGAUCCCGCAACACUGACAAUGACGCGUGUGGGAGAUGGUCGAAAAAUGAACUCCGCUCCGUAAAAAAACAGACGGCUUUUGAUCGCAGCACACUCGCGGGAAGUUUUUUUUGUGUUUUCCUUCACUGCCCGAGUUUCUACCUCCGUGUUGCUCCAGGGUGAGUGGACAGACACGCAGAAAUCCAUUUCGCAACCUAUUUUGCAUGCAGCCUACAGGGCGCAUGAAGUCUGGGACAUAAUUUUUCCACCCUGCUCAGUCCUCCCUGCCUUGCAAUGCGCACGCUUCUGGUCCCUAUCUGAAGAAGGCGUGGGGCUUUGGACGCUGACCGUGGAGUGCUCCCUUUUUAAGCGACAGUCAUCUGUCUCUACAAGAUGUUUUGAGCGCCAAGGGCUGAGAGAAGGGCUGGUGUCGACGGGGGAGGUUCCUUCACUGCGCAGACAAGCGGCGGUACCGUCUGUGCGCCGCCGCUCGCCGUCUCCUCCACUACGACGACGACGACAACAACAACAACAACAGUAACAACAAAGCAGCACCAGAGGACGGCGAGAGGGAACCGGAGAGGGGCUGGAGUGGAAACCUGGAAAUAUACGGCGUUAAAAUGACGAUGUCCGUCCCGGAGAGGAAAUCAGGAUCGGAGGGGAAGGAGGAGGAGAGCGAGGAUGAGAGCGAGAUCUUGGAGGAGAGCCCCUGCGGCCGGUGGCAGAAACGCAAAGAGCAGGUCAGCCAAGGUAAUGUCCCGGGUGUGGAAAGUGCCUCACUGGCCAUGGACACGGAGGAAGGAGUGGAAGUGGUGUGGAACGAAGUGCUCUUCUCCGACAAGAAGGUCUUCAAAGCACGAGAGGAAAAGAUCAAGGAAAUGUUUGAGAACUUGAUGCAGGUCGAACACCCCAACAUUGUCAAGUUCCACAAGUACUGGCUAGACAUGAAGGAGAGCCAGGCUCGUGUCAUAUUCAUCACUGAGUACAUGUCGUCUGGCAGCCUCAAGCAGUUCCUGAAGAAAACCAAGAAGAACCACAAGACCAUGAAUGUGAAGGCCUGGAAGCGAUGGUGCACCCAGAUCCUGUCCGCGCUCAGCUAUCUGCACUCCUGCGACCCACCAAUAAUCCAUGGCAACCUGACCUGCGACACCAUCUUCAUCCAGCACAAUGGGCUUAUCAAGAUUGGCUCAGUGUGGCAUCGGCUAUUUGUUAAUGUCUUUCCAGACGCCAGUGUCCACAGUAAAGGGAGGCAACACCGCGAUGAGCAGAGGAAUCUUCAUUUUUUUGCUCCAGAAUAUGGAGCUGGGGAAGAUGACUAUGCCAUAGACAUUUUCUCCUUUGGCAUCUGUGCUCUAGAGAUGGCAGUACUUGAGAUCCAGGCCAAUGGAGAUACCGCUGUGUCCAAGGAGGCCAUAGUCAAUGCAGGUCAAUCCCUCGAAGACCCUCUCAUGAGAGAGUUCACCCAGUCCUGUUUGCGCCACGAAGCCAAGAUCCGUCCCACUGCUCACGACCUUCUGUUCCACCGAGUCCUGUUCGAGGUGCAUUCCCUCAAACUGCUCGCCGCCCACUGCCUCAUCAACAAUCAGUACUUGCUUCCAGAGAACUGCGUGGAAGAGAAGACCAAGUCCUUUGACCCCAACGCCGUCAUGGCGGAGAUCAAACAUGACAACAGACAGGGAGUUCAGCUCAAGUAUUCCCACGUGUCCCCUUUGGAACUUGACAAGUUUCUGGAGGAUGUCAAAAAUGGGAUUUACCCUUUGAUGAACUUCGCCUCGUCUCGGCCUCACCCCGUCCCUCGAGCCCUCUCCUUGUCUCAGGAGCAGGUCGAGACAGUCAAGACGCCGACUCCUGAACCCCAGGAGACGGAGACGAGGAAGGUUGUUCAGAUGCACUGUAAUUUGGAGUCAAAUGAAGAAGGGACCAAAACUCAUGUGAGUCACAUAGUAUUACAGCUCUCUUUGUUUCUCAAGAUGGAUGACAAACUUCACAGGCAGCUCAGCUGUGACAUCCUUCCAACUGACACCUCUAAAGACCUUGCCAGUGAACUCGUUCACUACGCCUUCAUAAAUGAGGAGGACAGCGAGAAGGUGGCAGGGUUCCUGGAGGACGCGAUCAGCCGCCACCGGGUCCGAGCGCUCGCCUCUGGAAGCACACAGUGAGGAGGGGUCACGACGGCGGCCGGGGGCCGGAGAGAGAGGGGCCCGGGGGGCAUCGACCACACAGAUGGAGAACGGGAGAGAUGAUCACACAGCUGCAAACAGAGGGAGAGCUGACCGAGCUGGGGAUAAAAAAAAAAAAUUAAAAAAAGGGGACAAAUACAGACGGAUCCUGAGCAUUGACGGACAGUGAAUCAUGCCAGUGAGAAGAAAUUAAAAUGCUAAUGCUGAGAGAGAGAGAGAGAGAGGGGAAACAAAAGCACCUCUGGUUGGGUGACCAGGGGCGUCACGGCUGUGUCCAGCGACCCCCACAGAGCAGUGGAAGAUUGACAAACUCCCUGCCUAAAAGGGCUAUCACGCCUUAAGAUAUCUCGACAACUUAGGUUUUACAUGAUGCCACUAUUCACAGCGGAAAUGUUUCACUAACGGAUGCAGCAGCUACGUUCUCAUUUCAAUGCUCGACGCCACGUUUGCACUCCAGUGUCCACUUUUAUUGGUGACAAUAUUUACUUUGACUUGUAAUCAUUUACUAAAGCCUCUCUCCCUUACAAGCCAGAACCGUUUUAUUUCAGUUUUUAGGAAUUUAAUAUUCCGUCCUCCGUGCACUGUUAAUACUCAUCCAGUUGACUUAUUUAUUUCUGUUUAUGACUGUGAACGAUAGAAGCAUUGCACAAUUGCCUGUUUUUUUUGUUUUUGUUUUUUUUUCCCUCUCCUCUCUUUAUGUUUUUUGACCUGCAAAGUAACACACGUCACUGCACUCUUGUGUUAAAGGCUACUUCUCACACGACGGAACAUGCCACGCCUACUUGAAGUGAUGAGUAAUGAGAUGAUGCCUCUCUUUUAGCCUGUAGUGCUCUUAAGGGUUUUCCCUGUUGAAGUGUUCUGAAAGCCAAAGACUUGCAAAGUGCCUGAUAUGGCAAUGUACUUUGGGCAAAAAUUUCCAAAUGAAACGGCAUCGUACCCAACAAGGGAGGUUUGACAGUAGCUGAUUAUGGCUGACUUUGGUUUUGUCUUUCAAACUAGCUCCCAUGUGCCCGUCGAACCAUUAAGUCAGCCUGAGUGAAUGUGAAGAUGAGCUCGACGCUCGCUAACAACAGCUCCGUUAAGAGCUCUGAAUAUUUGACGUACAAAUUCCUACAUAAAUUAUUGUGAGAUGAAGGGUGUUGGGUAUAUGAUAUUAAAAUUAAUAAAAAAAAUGCCAUAUUGUUAAUAAAUAUUACUGCUCUUCUUAUUUUUGUUUUAUUUUGCCUGGUUUUGCAAAUAUGUCUAGAGGUCUCUAAAGGCAAAAUCUACCCAAACACGUGAUAAUUAGUUAUUAAACGUAAGGAUUUGGGUAUUUCCGUUGAGAUUUUUUUUUGUUGGGUACAGAUGCUACAACAAUAUUUUUGACAGGAAACUGAAAUACAGAACAGAAGCUACCGGUUUGCACUACAGCCCACACACAAACACAAAAAUAGACUUUAAAGUUCUGACAGAUUUUCUUGUGUUCCCAGUCUUGGAAAUGUAAAAGAUUUGGGUGGAUUUUUUUUCUUAAGAAAACUAGACUACUAGUGACUUGUCUGCUCAGCAAUAUACUCUUGUUUGUCAAACUCACUUAGCUCUGCUCCAUUUGUUUUCUGAGUCUCAUAACAGUUACACCGCUGUACAGUCAUUGCUUACAGUACUUGCUAUACUCUGUCUCAAGCCUACUUCUGUUUUUAACAGUGUGUCUCUGACGGCAGGAGCCCUACAUUCUCCCAGUCACAGGCCAGGCUGUGGUGUACAUAUUUGUUUGUGGCUAUCAAAGAAAGAGGUUUACUUUGGACAAAAAUUUUAACACAAAGCAGUGCCACGAUUGCUCUCAUUUGGUCUCGUAAGCUGCAUGUCUUAAUAGCCUGCCAACGUUCAGAACAUUGCAUUGCAAUUACAUUUUGCCUUUGUCGGUCAUAGUUCAGUUCCAGAGGGGACCUGACCAAGAAAAUGAAUGUUUAGACUGUGCAAAUAUAAAAACAAACAAAAAAAAGGAAAAAAAAAUAAAAAAACAACAACAACAAAACACUUACAUAUCAGUCUUAUUUUAUGUCACAAGAUAUUUUUUCCCGUGACUCUGUUGAAGGAAACUUGCCUUUGGAUGUGUUCUACUUAAACCUUUGUUAAAUAUUGUAGCUACUGCAAUUAAGUACAUGACAAUAAACAUGAUGUGACAUGUUUGUUAUGUCUGAAAUUA